GAGCGAAUCCUCAGUCGGUUGGUUCUUCAGCCUCGAACGCAAGCAGCAACGGACAACAAGCACACAGCUCGUCGAAAGAGAAAGAGAGAGACACAGUUCCGUCUCAUUUUAGUCGAGUUUAGUUAUGAAAACUCAUCUCGGUUCCGUUCCGAAUUUUACCGCUAAAUCCUCAUUUCAAAUCUUGUAAGACGCCGAAGAACGGUCCUCCGUGCUCCGCGAAAGAAGCCCAGAAGAAGAAGAAAAUCGCGUUUUUCUUUCCCAAUGGGGUUUUCAAUCUAACAUGUUGUGUUCGUUUCUAUAAACUUCACCGCGAUUUCCAAUACUCUUAUUUUUUUUGCCUUUAAAAGCACUACUUUUUUGCAUCAUGAGGAACAUGGAGAACUUCUUUAAAAGAAGAUUUAACGUCCCUAAAAGGACCAGCGAGCUGAUUGCGUUAGUUGCUAUUUCGACGACCCUCUUCCUUUUUCUACACACGAGGGACUUGAAUACGAGAUUGAAAGAGAUGGAGGUCAGACUCCACCCAGAUGAACUUCUCUCGUCGAAUCAGUUAAUUUCAGGUGACAGUGGACCAGCUCACCAUCCAUCAUCUGGCGUGAGAGCAAUGAUGAAGAUAUUACAAAGCGCAGGAGAGGUGACGACAACGCUGCAACCGUUCCAACUGAACAACACUAGAAAGGCGAUGCAGGAGGUUCUGUUCUUCAAUCGCGUCCCCAAAGUUGGCUCACAAACGUUCAUGGAGCUUCUGAGGAGAUUGAGCAUGAUCAACAAGUUCGGAUUCCAUCAGGAUCGGGUGCAGAGGGUGGAAACUAUAAGAUUGGCUCCGGAAGAUCAAGCUGUUUUAGCCGCUAUGGUCUCCAGCUACGAUACGCCCAGCGUUUACAUAAAGCACGUGUGCUUCACUAAUUUUUCAGAAUUUGGAUUACCUGAGCCGAUUUACGUGAAUUUGGUUAGAGAUCCGGUGGAAAGAGUAAUCUCUUGGUACUAUUACGUCAGAGCGCCUUGGUAUUACGUCGAGCGAAAAAUCGCAUUCCCAGACAUCCCUCUUCCGGAUCCGAAAUGGCUUAAAAAAGACUUCGAGACUUGCGUUUUAUCCGGAGAUCGCGAAUGCAGAUACAUGAAGGGCGAAACCAGGGAGGGAAUCGGUGAUCACAGGAGGCAAAGCAUGUUUUUCUGCGGUCACGAAGAAGCGUGCACACCUUUCAACACCGAGGGUGCUUUACAAAGAGCUAAGAGAGCUGUGGAGCAGCACUACUCGGUUGUUGGGGUUCUUGAAGACUUAAACUCAACAUUUACUGUAUUGGAAAACUACGUUCCUCGCUUUUUUAAGGGAGCCAAAGACGUCUAUUGGAAUGAAAUCAAUCAAUACAACACGAUAAACCGGAAUCUUUUCAAACCUCCGGUUAGCGAGGAGAUCAAAGACAUCGUGAGAAAGAAUUUCACGAAAGAAAUAGAGUUCUAUCAGUUCUGCAAGCAGAGGUUACACAAUCAGCUGGCUGCCCUAAAAUUACCUGAACAAUAAUGAAUAAUGUGAUGUUUCCCUAAAAAUUUAAGUGCAUAUUUAUCGAUAGUUUGUAAGCAGUAUUACAUAUUCCUAAUAACUAAGUUAAUUACAAUAUAUUUUUAUUAUUGGACAUUUAUUUUCAAAUAACAAAUAAAUCACAA